AUGAAUGGAUUCCUCUCAUCCCUCGGCCAUCCGGUCGAGGACACCGAAGAGGAAUCCUUUCUCCUAUUCGCCCAGGAAAUCCCAGCCAAUAAUCUAGGCUUCGUCGACUCCUGCGCACACUCCCUCGAGGUUUCCAUCAAUGGGAAUGAAUAUACAAUCCAGCAGUCGCCUUCGGUACUUUCUUCGUCAAGAGCGGGUGGGACGACUGGUGCGGUACUAUGGAAGAUAACGCCACUCUUUGCGGAAUGGAUUUCGGGGCUUACGUCGAAUCCGCUCUGGACGCAUCCUGAUUCACCGUUACAACCGCCUGCGGGGAAGACAGUUGUUGAGCUUGGGUGUGGGAUAGCGGGACUUGUGGCAUUGACUUUGGGGCCUGCGGUGCGGCACUAUGUUGCUACGGAUCAGGAGUAUGUGCAUCGGUUGUUGAGGGAGAAUCUUGAUGAGAAUAAGGGUGUUGCGUAUAAGCACAAGUCUGGGGGAUCGAAGGGGAAGGGUGGGAAGAAGAAGGGAGGGUCGAAGCAGGUACAGUCUGAGGAGUCGAAUAUCUCAUUUACCUCGUUGGAUUGGGAGCAGGAUGCGCCGGAGUUAUUGAAGAGGAGCGUUGGGAUAGCACCCGACAACAAUGAAGAUGAGGACAAUGGUUUCGACCUGCUUCUCUCCUGUGAUUGCAUCUACAACGAAGCCCUCGUGGCGCCGUUUGUUCGGACAUGCGCGGAUAUCUGUCGUUUACGGCCUGCAUAUCAUCCUGAGAAGGCUGCUGAUGAGGAGGGGAAGAAUCCUACGAUCUGCAUAAUUGCCCAACAACAGCGCGCCCCGGACGUGUUCGAGGCGUGGUUGGAAGAAACGCUCAAGGUAUUCUGGGUCUAUAGGUUGAAUGAUGAACAUCUCCCGGUGGAGUUAAAAGGUGGUACGGGGUAUGUGCUCCAUUUACUGGUUCUAAGGGAUGAUGCAUAG